AUGGCAGACGCAAGGAAGAAACAGUUGGUUUUCAACAUCAUCGAAUUCUUGAGAACUUCAGCUCAAGAUGGUACCGUGAAAGAGGACGACAAAGAAUCACUCGAAGUUGCAGUCCAAUGUAUCGCCGAGUCAUUCGGCGUUGACCCAGAUUCUUCAGAAGAUCAGAAAUCUUAUUCCAUCGCACCAGCAUCACUAUUAUCGAUAUUAGAUGUCUUCCUCAAAACUAAAGCUAAAUCUGCACCUUCUACUGCCCCCUCAGCCGCUGGACACUCAGAGACGAAAGUGCCUUCUGAACCCACAGCCGAAGACAAGAAGCAAGCCGAAGCUUUGAAGACUAAAGGGAACUCAUUGAUGUCCUCUAAAUUGUACGACUCAGCUAUAGAACAGUACACGCAGGCCAUCGCCCUUUAUCCCAACCCCGUUUACUACUCCAACAGAGCAGCUGCAUGGGGUGGACUGGGCAAACACGAAAAGGCAAUUGAAGAUGCUGAGAAAGCUUUGGAUUUGGAUCCUAAUUUCUCAAAGGCUUAUUCGAGAUUAGGUCACGCACACUUCUCUACAGGAGAUUACCCAUCUGCCGUGAGAGCCUACGAAGACGGUUUGAAACUCGACCCAUCAAACAGCAAUAUGAAGACCGCUCUCGCUACUGCUAAAUCUAAAUUAGCAGAAUCAUCCACAAACUCAGUAGCAGAUAGAGAACCACCUGCCGGUGGAGCCGGUGCAGGUGGAAUGCCAGACUUAAGUUCUCUUGCUUCGAUGUUGGGUGGUGCGGGAGGUGGAAAUGGAGGCGGUAUGCCGGAUUUGGCUAGUAUGAUGAGGAAUCCUCAGUUGAUGGCUAUGGCUCAGCAAAUGAUGGCCAACGGUGGACUCGAACGACUUAUGCAGAACCCCGCUUUGAGGAAUAUGGCUGAGAACAUGCAGAACGGUGGUGGUAUGCCAGAUAUGAGUCAGCUGGCUAAUGAUCCAUCCAUGAGAGAUCUGGCUCAACAGUUCAUGGGUGGGCAAGGUCAAGGUCAAGGACGAGGAGCAUAA